AUGGUGACUGAUCUCAAACCCCUGGCUGUCCUGCAGUGGCUGCAUGCCCACGGGCCAAGGAGCAAUGCCUGCGGACAGCACCCUGGGGCAUGGCUGGGCGCCUGGGGCUGCCCGGCAGAAUACAACAUCAGCGCCCUGGUCACUAUCGCCACCAAGACCUUCUUGCGCUAUGACAAGCUGCGAGCGAUGAUUGACAGCGUCCGCAAGUUUUACCCCACGGUGACCAUCAUCAUUGCUGACGACAGCCAGACCCCUGAACGGGUGGAAGGGCCGCAUAUCGAACAGUACUUCAUGCCCUUUGGCAAGGGUUGGUUUGCUGGCAGGAAUCUUGCUAUCUCCCAGGUGACCACCAAAUAUGUUCUCUGGGUGGACGAUGACUUCAUCUUCUCACCUCGCACCAAAGUGGAGAAGCUGCUUGACGUCCUCGAGAAGACUAGCCUGGACCUGGUGGGUGGAGCCGUGCGAGAGAUUACCGGCUACACUACCACCUACCGGCAGCAGAUCAGCGUGCAGCCUGGCGACAAGGACGGGGAUUGCCUGCGAAUCCGGCAAGGCUAUCACCACGUCAUCGAGGGCUUCCCAAGCUGCGUGGUUACCGAUGGAGUGAUCAACUUUUUCCUCGCCCGAACAGACAAGGUGCUGCAAGUUGGAUUCGACCCCCGUCUCAGUCGUGUUGCCCACCUUGAGUUCUUCAUUGACGGCUUGGGUGUGCUGCAUGUGGGCUCCUGUUCCGACGUGGUGGUGGACCACGCGUCCAAGAUCAAGCUGCCCUGGCUAAAGACGGACAGCGAGAAGCAGUAUGCCAAAUUCCGCUACCCCAACUCGAGUGACAGCAUGAUCACGAAGCACAGCUUCUUCUACUUCAAGAACCGGUUCAAGUGCAUGACGGGCAACUAGCCUUCGUUGGCAGGGUGCUGAGAGUCCCCACGGCAACCGGCCACAUCCUCAGGCAUCCAGGUUCUGCUGAUCUCAGGCAGCCUGCUCCGGCCACAGGUCGUGGGCAAAUAGCCUUGCUUGUCAACUAGCCAACCCCCUCCCCCCUGAACUCAGGGAGGCCUUGGCAUCCUCAGGCCUUGGGAUCUGGAAAAUGGGCAGCCACUCCCCUCCCUACUGUCCUUUUUUUAAACAAAAUCUUUUUAGCAUGAAGGAGCAGCAAGGCUGAGCUUGUUCCUGAGACUGGCGCUGGAGUGGACAGCUGCUUCCUUGUCUUGCAUUUAUAGACUAAGCUACCUGGAAUGAAUAACUCUACAUCGAGUUUGACACUGGUAAACUGACUGGGACUUUUUGUUUCUUCCCCUCCGUUCCGUGUUGGGAAUCUCCGAUGUUUCUAAUAAUCUCUGUGCUUCCUUCUGCCUGCCCCCUCCCCCCCCCACACACACAAAUGCGCACAUGCACACACACCAAACAGCUUCCGAUCCAGGAUAUCCUAACCUUCUGUUUCAGUUUCAUCCAUUGAGGAGGGUUGGAUCGGUGGGGAGAACAUACUUGAUCUGCAGUGCCACAACUUUCUGUGCCAAUAAGUCUUUGCAUCUGUGCCCCCUUUCUGAACCCCCGGCAAGUGAAUUGUCACCCUGAGAGAUUUUUAUUUUAUUUUUUUAAAGUGCCAAAGACUACAGCGACCACUGGGGGAGAGGGAUGCUUGGGAGGGGGACGAGCCUGCCACCAGAGGACACUAAAGGGGGACACGAGCACGCUCGAGAUUCAAGGCGUUUCAGGUUCACCCUCUCCUGCAACAGCCGCAGCAACAGAAACUGUGGCAUGAACGUUCACAGACUCAGACAGAGUGGACAAAUGCACUCCAGGCUCUAGACGUUUCAGGUUCACCCUUCGCUGCAGCAACAACAACAAAAAAUGACCUGUGUGUUCGAUGGAUGCCGACUCACGAGAUGCAGGAGGGGUGGGGAUAGACUUUGUUUCUUUUCUAACGGGGUGCACUUUUUUUAUAUGCUGAAGCAGACAGCUGAUCUGCUGGAGACUGUACAGUUUUUAAUUUAAACCAGAUCUGUUUGUCAAGUCUUUCUGCCUUCCCUCGUUUUCCUCCUCGUUCCCAACCUGGCAAGCCUCCCGCAUAACUGCUCUUCCUGAAAUGCAUGGGAUCUGUCUAGCGUUGAGAGGGUAGCCGUGGAGGCUGCAGCCAAUCAGGUCUCCGUUUUUAUAUUUUUCCCACCCUUCUCACACCUUGUUAGGUUGUGCCAGUGUGUUCAUGGGGAGGCAGUGCAGGGCAUUGCCCGCCUGGAAUUCUAAAUAUACUGAUCUGCAGUGACAGUUAAUAAAUCUU